AUGAUGGACGUUGUUCGCGAGAUGAAUUUGAUAGCCGCAGAAGAGGGUGCCAUUCUAGCAGUUGUUGGCGGAGGUAGUGCAUUAGUCAAGCUUUGGGACACUACCACAUGGGAUCUUAUUGAAACUCUAUCAAUUCCUCGUCCAGAAGGACCCAAGCCUACAGACAAAAUUAGCAGCAAGAAAUUUGUCCUGUCAGUUUCAUGGAGCCUUGAUGGGAAACGACUUGCUUGUGGCUCAAUGGAUGGCACCAUUUCUGUUUUUGAUGUACCACGUGCCAGAUUUUUCCAUCACCUUGAAGGCCACAACAUGCCUGUGCGAUCUCUUGUUUAUUCUCCUUAUGAUCCAAGACUACUGUUUUCAGCUUCUGACGAUGGUAAUGUCCACAUGUAUGAUGCUGACGAGAAGGCUUUAGUUGGGACCAUGUCAGGUCAUGCUAGUUGGGUAUUAUGUGUGGAUGUGAGCCCUGAUGGGGCAGCCAUUGCCACAGGUUCAAGUGAUAGAACUGUAAGGCUGUGGGAUCUUAACAUUAGUACUUAA